AUGUCUAAGAAGUAUGACAGAGAGACAAAGACUCGAGACAUCAAAAAGGCCCUUGCACAUAGGGCAAACCUGAGGAGAAGUUAUUUCAAAUUGGUGAAUCAAGAGAAAACACAAUCUGAAGAACCAAAGCCAUUCAAACCGCUCACAUAUCAAGACAGAAUCAAAAUAAAACAGGAACGCAAGGAGCGUAGCAGAUUACAAAAGAUAGAGAGGACAAGGCAAAAGUUACAACAAAUGAAAGAGAAGGAGAAACAAAGAGAGCAAAAAACAAAGAGCCUAAAGAAUGCGAAGACAAGAACAGGACAACCUCUGAUGGCUCCUAGAAUUAAUGAUCUUCUGGACAAAAUCAAAAAGGAGGUUAAAAACUAG